CCAUGACAGUCAGCACAAUUGCAUGCCUGAAAUUGUAGCCACCGACUUUGGUUUUUCGAGACUGUGGAGCGGGAAGCCGAAAUGACGCCCAAGAGUGCACACACGUCUUUUCAAUAAGCUUGGCCGCUAACUUGUGUGAAACAGACAGCGGGCAGCUCAAGAAAUCUGUCCCAGCGACAACAACGGCAGCCCGCGGUUGCCAAACAACAAGCAUCAUUCAGUGUCAGCCAGAGUCAGCAGCUGGAGCUCUCCGGCGCCGAGUCCCUGCCUUUCCGGAGCCCGUCAAUUCUUGCUUCGACCUAAAGGUAGCUUCAGAGGCAACACGCGGAGAUCUUGCCUGCUGAUACAUAGUAGCACCUAGGUCGUAGGAAGGACAUAAAGUGACACUCCCACACCCAAGAGAGGGCGCAGAGAAUGAACUUGGUGACAAAAUUGUGAAAAUAUAUUUCUCCAACAUAGUCAGCAAUGUCUGCGGUUCCCCUGCCUGAACGCCCAGUCUGCAUUGGUGACUUUUUGGAGUUAGACAUCUUACAACCAAAACACCUCUUCAAAAACCCCUGACUGCCAGUGUCUGUGGGCAUCCGAUUCCUUCCGGUACUACUUCCUGGCCUCUGCAGUUGCACAACUUUCUCACCUCCUUUUAGGGGCAGGAUGCUUUAGUGGAAAGAGAAACUUACUUGGCUGAAUGGGUAUCAGGCAAGCACAUGUUCUGCUGGAGUUAACUUGAAGCACUGAAUCCACACCGGCUCUGUAUAUGUUUUGUAGUGGAUUUUGACCUGUGACUCCUCCUUGGAUACAGACAGCAGAAAAGAGAAUUUCGCUGUAGUAAUUGACAAUCGCUCUAUAAAAUUAUUGGUGUAUUGGCAUCCAAGAAGGGACCUUCGUGCCUCGCCAGCUCCCCCUCCCCUUCGCCACCCACAGUACCAUGCUGGGUGCACUCCUGCGGAGGAACAUGUCCCAGAAGCUGAGUGUGCUGCUGCUGGUAUUCGGCCUGGUGUGGGGACUUAUGCUGCUGCGCUACACUGUGCAGCAGCCUCGCCAUCAGAGCAGCGCUGAGCUACGUGAGCAGAUCCUGGAGCUCAGCCGGCGAUACGUCAAGGUCCUGACAGAGGAAAACCAGAUUGCACCAGGUGGACCACAGGGGACCUCCAUGGCAGGUUAUGCUGAUCUGAAGAGGACUAUAGCUGUGUUACUGGACGAUAUUCUGACACGGCUGGUCAAACUGGAGGGGAAAAUCGAGUUGGUGGUGAAUGCCUCCUCCACUAACACCUCCCACACAGCAGGGGGCAUCCUUGCCUCUGCUGCCGCUGCCCUACAGAAAUCCUCAAAGCAGGAGACACCUGGCAGCCACCCAGGGACGUCACGUCUUCAUCCACAUAUCCCUAAUAGGCCUCAGCCAGAUCAAGGAGCAUAGUCUUGAUAGACGUAUUGAUUUUUUUUUUUUUAGCACAUCACACUUUUCCAGCAUUUAUCACUGAUGUAACAACAUCAGACAAGUGUAAAGCAAUAGUUUGACAUAUGGACAUCCAGGGGAUGUUUCUCAUAAAUGUUCAACCUACGCCGAGGGAAGAAGGAGGACUUCUUUAUGCUCUGUCCUAUCAUAUGCUGAUAUUUAUUUAUUUUUUACCAAGGCUAUCCACAUUUUUUAUAUUUGCAUUGUUGAUUUUAUUUAGCUCAAAUGUUAGCAUUUUUAUAAUGCCAUAAUUGAACCUUAUGACUGUGACGGCAAAUGCAGAGAGGUAGAAACACAUUUGAACUAAACCUGAUUCUCAUAAGGUCUUAUCAGAAAAAUGGCUAAAAUGCUCCUGUACUUACAAUAUAAACUAUUUUACAAUACUGCUUCAACAUAUCAAGAUGCUGAAUGAAACAGUAGUAGUUGAUAGUUAGGACAGCUUAUAUAGCUGUGUAGAUGAUAACUAUAUUUCAUCAUUUUUGGCUGGUUCAGUUGUUAAAUACUAUACUGAAUAAGAUUCUACUUUUGGCGUGCUCGUAUAGUUUUGAGGAUCACUGAAUUGUACAGUUCACCUGUAAGAGAUAAUCCAAAGAAUGUUAUUUGCACUCCCUCUGAAGGGAGUCUAAAUGUGUAUUCAUACUUGCUGCAAGACAGUUUUAUUUUUAUGCAGAAUAUGAUGGGAUGAUGCCUAUUAUGCCACUGUAAACAUGAGCGUGUGUGUGCUUUGUCUGGGUUGAAAUCCAAUGGGUCCCCGGUUGAGAAAUGUUUUAAUUUGGGUGUGGAGCACAUUGAAUGUACUGUGUAGUCAGUCUUUAGCCCUGUAUUGCUGUUAAGACGACUCACAUACUACUUACACAUGUUCAGGGUUCAUGUUGCACUGUGACUUUAAAGAUUUUCUAAAAAUACUGGGCUCAUCCAACUUUGACUUGAAGGAUAUUUUAAAGGGGUGGGUGUAAUGCUUUGGAAUAGUCAUUCUUCCGGUGUUGGUCCUGAGUGUGGUUCCUGAGCGAUGGCAUAAAUGUUCUUUGCUUCAUAACGCUUAAGUAGAGAAGAUGGCAAGCCAGUCAGCUGCUGUGAGAUAGCUUUACUAAUAAAUUGACCUUGUGGAAAAAAUAUUCUCACCCCAGUUAAAUCAGUUUUUAUAUCUGAUGCUCCACCUAGUCCCCACACAUUAAAUGCGUUCAAAAAAACAUGCCAUUCAGGAGAUCUUAGUUUUGACAUCAUGUGCCUCACAAGACAAUAAAUCCAGUUUUACUUGCUUCUGUUCUAAGUUUAAAGAUGUGUGUAUGCAUAAGUGAAUGUUUCAAGGUGAGUUUUCUCUUCAUUCAGGUGUUACUGACCCACUUGAGGAAGGCUUCUGCCUGAUGUUAUAGCCAAAUCGUGUCUAACUGUGGACAGAGUUGGAAAGUAAAAAUCAACUCAAGCACUGUACUAAAGUACAACUUUGAGGUACUUUCUCUUGAGUGUUUUCAUUUUAUGCUGUUUUUUCCCCUUCUCCUCUGGUGUAUUUACGUGACAGCUGGUAA